AGGACUUCACGCUUUAUCACGUAUCUCGAAUGCGAGUCACAUUUUCGUGUGAGAGGAAAUUUUCUCACAACUAAUUAUUGCGUACUUUUUGACGCUACAUACAUGCGUCUAAUUCGAAGGCGUACAGAAAGACGGCUCGUGCUGGAAUAAAACAAGCUAAGGUUUCUCCCAGUCGCUACAUGACGAUUCACUAAUUAUCCAGCAUUCAUCUCGACUCAAACAAUACCAAAGUAAAAAUGGCUUUUCAACGCAGCUACAGCAAAGUGUGGUGGGGCUCCGAUAAUCAACAAAUACCCUCAUCACUGGCAUUGUCCUCAGCGGCUGGUGGUGCAUCCUCUAUCGGCAACGGCACCAGUUUUACUAGCGGCGGAUUCUAUUACGGUUCUCACUUUUCACAGCAGACACAGCAGCAACUUAACGCGCAACGUUUUCACUACAAGAAUCACAGUGGCGGCGGCUAUCAUUCACUCGAUUCGGGCAGCUUUCGAUCGCAUGUCGGAAAUUUGUCGCGCAUUCAGGAAGUCGAUGAUGAGCACAACAAUUCCAAAUCGUUGUGGGGCAAACGUGAUAGUCCUGGUAGUCUGCGUAGUCAGGACUCCGGCUUCUCUGACAAUGAUGAGUCGCACAGUUGCCGCUCUUCGAAACCCAGCUCGCCCAGCGCAAAGUCGACAGGCAGUGCAGUUGGUUCACCGAAUUCGGCGCGUUCGGUGACGGUGGCGACGCCACCCACAGUUAUUCGACGCGUUGGAAAAUCGGAAUUCUAUUCACCAUUGGUGAGCGUAUCGCGUCGCAUAUCAUUUUCCGGUUCACCUGCCACAACGGUCGCACUAGAUGCCGCGACAGCCGGCAGUCAUUUAAAAAGUGACUCACCAACACAAAUGCAGCAAUGCUUGACUGCUGCUGACGAGCUGCUCAUGAGUGAGGCAGUGAGCGCUGCGAAGAAAUUGAAUUUCGAUGAUUUGAAUGCGGGUGGUGGGCAGGCAAUUGCCGCACCGCAACAAGCGCAAAAGCAACAACCGAAACGUCGCCGUCGCAUUAUUCGUCAGCCAACCAAGCCAUUGUCGCCCACAAAGCGGCGCACAUUGCUGGAAGAGACUGACGACAAUAGCGACCAAGAAGGCGACGCCGGUAGUGAUGUGACAAGUAAUUCAUUUGUUGAGCUCGAGCGUUCAGCGGAGCGUAAUCGCUCACGUACGCGUUUGCACAUUGUGCCAGCCUACAAUAACGAAACGGUCUAUCUAGGCGUUACAACAACUCCCACCGCUGCCAGUGAGCCGUACAACAAUGAAACAGUGAUUUUGGGCGCCGGUGGUGAAAUUACAAAUGGUGUCAUUGAGGACGACAACAAUAACACGCUUAAGUUAGACGAAUUGAAUGAGACAAUGUCGCCGUUGAAGACGGAUGAGCAACGUUACUUGGCUAGUACGAGCACACCGAAAACUUCCACACGUGAUGCGCGUCCCUGGACGCAAAUAUCCUUUCGCCACAUCCACAGCACGCAUGAGUACGAUAAUCCGCUAUUGAACGGUCACGCGCCUGACUUGCAACGUUGGCUACACGACUUGCGUUCAUCAUACGAACAUGAAGUCAUGUCAACGCUGCAGACAAAGUCCAUUGCACAGGAAGCCUUCAAGAAUCUGACCAUCACCACAAAUACGGUGGCGAAAUUGAUACGCCAGCUGCAGCAGCGCGCGCUCUGUGCGCAAUCGGAUUUCGAACGCGUCGAGCGCAUACUCUCGGGCACACAAGAAGCCACACUACACGAAGCGCUUUCUAGCGCCGAACAGUUGGUUGAGAAUGUGAUAGAAUUUACGCAGGUGCUUGAGCGCCGCGCUGUUUUCUUCAACGACUCAAGGCUUGAUCGUAAGCGCUUUCAAGAGAAUAUCGAGCAGAUACGCAUAAUUACAAAGGAUACGCGCUACUCGUUGGAACGCCAGCAUUACAUGAAUUUGGAGUCACUAUUGGAUGAUGUGCAUGUGCUGAAGCGCUACCUACUGAUUAGCGUGCGGCAUGUAUUUGAAAAAAUGGUGCGCAUUAUUGUACAGAGCGUGGAGCAGGGUCAAUGUGAUUUGAUGCUGCGCGCCAAUAUUAAUAUGAUUGCCACGCUGAUGAAUAUCGAUUACGAAGGCUUCGCCUCACUCACUGACGCAUUCGUGCAGAACGAAGCAGUGCGCGCCUUACUCGUCGUUUGUCUCGAGAAUAAGUUAUCAUCUGUGCGCGCGCUGGCAUUGCGUGCACUUGCGACCAUUUGCUGCUCACCGGCAGCGAUUGCGCAGUUGGCCGCUUGUGGUGGCAUUGAGAUUGUACGCGAUAUUGUGCAGGUUCCUGGCAAAGAGCGCACAGGCGAGCUGAAGCGAGGUGAUAUCGAGCGACGUGAGGCGGUCUCGUUGUUAACACAAAUCACUGCCGCCUGGCACGGACCGGAGCAUCGAGUGGACGGACUCAAGGCUUGCGCAGAGAUCAUAGUGGAGGGACUAACACAGCUGAUCACGGGCACUUCUUGUGCGCAGACGUUGCUGUUAUGUGCGGCAGCACUGAACAACCUCAGCCGGAUCGAGGUGACAUCACACUACUCGAUAAUGUCGAACGAAGCGAUAUUCAAGUUGAUCGAAGUGGUGCAGGGCCGCGAAGCAGAGACAUCAAUUUUUCUAUAUGAACAAAUCGUUGCGAUGUUACACAAUAUGUCAGUGAACAAGAAGUGUCACAGUCACUUGGCCAACGGCAGCAUCAUAAAUUUCAUCACGUCCGCAUACCAAACGGAAUUCUAUAAAAGUUACAAUUCGCGCGCGGAGUGCGAUGCCCAACGGCGUACCAUCAAAGCGAUUCUGCAUACGUUGACACAUUUGGUGCACGAGUCCAGCCUGGGCAUUGAACUAUUGGAUCAGCAUCGUGUGCCCGCCUUCUUCCGGCAGGCCAUGCUUAUUGGCGGCGGCGGCGGUGGGGGCGCAGGGGGCGAACAAUGGUCUUUGGAUGGUAGCCAUAGCAGAGACAUUUCGGCCUUGGCACGCCAAUUGCUACAGGCGCAAAGGCAGGUACAACAAGCUAACGGAACGGGAAUGACCCAGACAAACGAGCAUGAGCAGGCGGCCGUUGGUGGAGGUGGUGAGGCGACAAUGUUUACGGCCAAUACUGCCGCUGGCAAUGGUGGUGGUGGUGGUGGCGCUGCUGCUGCUGGGCGAGGUUUUGUCGGUAGCGGUGGUAAUUUUAAAUUCAAUUUGACGCGUCACGAGAGUUUCGUCUGAGUGGCUGAAUGCAACCGAAUUGCAGCUGUGUGCCGUUUGCUAAGCGUCGAGCGCUGAAGCGCCUAAGGCUGCUUCUUGUUUUUUUUUUGCUUUUCGUUUUCUAAGGACUAACUAAGUUGUUGGCGCUUCGGUCGUUGGACGGCGGCGGUUAAUAUAAUCACCCGUGGAGAGUUAUUCACUCAGACAUAUUGUCGAGGCAAUCGUGCGUGCCGCAUCGAUUUGCAGAUGUAAGCGUACGCUUUGUAGUUGUAGUGUAAAUGACGUGUCGCACGUGUUUGCGUCAAUAGCAACGACCUAAACAGAAAUUGUAAAUAAUCAUUGAAUUGGCGGUGGAGGGAAGUGAUUUUGUUUUUGUACGCAGCCCGCGACAAAUGAUGGCAUAUCAAAA